GGGUAGGAAGCGUAAAAGUGACGGACACAGGAAGUGUUUCCUCGUCUUUCUGUGUUGGUUCCGGACGGACGACAACAUUUUCUUUAACCAGUGGUUUCGUCGUCAUGGCGCUUAAAUAGACGCCAACGUUACUAGUAUUAGAAUACCUUUAAGAGGCUAACGUUAAACAUGCCGAAGGUCGUGUCUAGAAGCGUUGUGUGCUCGGACACCAGAGACCGAGAGGAAUACGACGACGGAGAAAAGCCUCUUCACGUCUACUACUGCCUGUGCGGUCAGAUGGUUCUGGUGCUGGACUGCCAGCUGGAGAAGCUGCCCAUGAGGCCCCGGGACCAGGCCAGGGUCAUCGAUGCGGCCAAACACGCCCACAAGUUCUGCAACGUGGAGCAGGACGAAAACGCGUACCUGAAGAGGGCCGAGGGCAUCGAGAGGCAGUACCGCAAGAAAUGCGGCAAGUGCGGCCUGCUGCUCUUCUACCAGCACCAGUCGAAGAACAGCCCGGCCACCUUCAUCGUGGACGGAGCCGUGGUCAAGUUCGGCCAGGGCUUCGGCAACACCAGCGUCUACAGCCAGAAGCAGCCGGAGGCUCCGAAGAAGGUCCGCGUGAUGAUGACCAAGCGGACCAAAGACAUGGGCAAGUUCAGCUCCGUCACAGUGUCCACCAUCGACGAGGAGGAGGAGGAGAUCGAGGCCAGGGAGGUGGCGGACUCGUACGCCCAGAACGCCAAAGUCAUCGAGAAGCAGCUGGAGAGGAAGGGCAUGAGCAAGAGGAGGCUGCAGGAGCUGGCUGAGCUGGAGGCCAAGAAGGCGAAGAUGAAGGGCACGCUGAUUGAUAAUCAGUUCAAGUAGAGGAGACUCAUUGAGGGACACACUGUGAUACAGAGGUUCCCUCUGGAGCAGUGGUGUAGUCUAAUGUAUUCUAGUGGGUAUACUGUACUGUAUAUAUUGGCCAGAAUCUACCUUUGG